GAAAGAGAGACAGAGAGAGAAAGAGAGAGAGAGAGAGAGAGACAGAGAAAAAGCGAGAGAGAGAGAGAGCGAGAGAGUGAGAGAGAGAGACAGAGCGAAAGAGAGAGAGACAGAGAGAGAGAGACAGAGAGAGAGAGAGAGAGAGAGAUGAGAGAGUGAGAGAGAGAGACAGAGCGAAAGAGAGAGAGACAGAGAGAGAGAGAGAAAGAGAGAGACAGAGAGCGAGAGAGACAGAGAGAGAGAGCGAGAGAGAGAGAGAGAAAGAGCGAGAGAGAGAGAGUGAGAGAGAGAGACAGAGAGAGAAUGAGAGAGAGAAUGAGAGAGAAAGAGAGAGAGAGAGAGACAGAGAGCGAGAGAGACAGAGAGAGAGAGAGAGAAAGAGCGAGAGAGAGAGAGUGAGAGAGAGAGACAGAGAGAGAGAGAGAAUGAGAGAGAGAGAGAAAGAGAGAGAGCGAGAAAGAGAGAGACAGAGAGAGAAUGAGAGAGUGAGAAUGGUGCUCAAUCAGAGGACGUGGGAAUUUAUCAGGACGCCCAGAGGCGAUUACAGGCUAUUAAUACACACACUCACAUACACACACACACACACACACACACACACACACACACAGCCUGUAAGAUGUUCUCUCUCUCUCUGUCUCUUGUGGCACAACAGCUACAUUGAGUUUUUUUAAGAAAUACAGAUGCAAUGACAGGAUACUGGUAUAAUGGUAUAAAUGUUUUACACUGGUGUGAUGAGGAGGAGGGCGUGGCCGGCGCCGAAUCAGCUGGCAAAGCACAUAUAGUAAAUAUAAGUAACAUUGCAUACAGUACAUGCACGAAAUUUAAAAGACAAAAUGCAGUUCAUUUCGUCAGGCUCUUGUUUCCUUCACUAAGGUCUGAGACCUCAGGCUUCACCUCUGACCCCUGUGCAGUGUGUGUAAUUGAGGUUGUGUCCCAUUUGAGUCCGAGAGGAUCACCUGUCUGUCUGAGCUAUUGUCACUGCAUUUAAUCUGUUUAAUUCCAUUUGGAAAUUAGUUUAAGGGUGUUUAUGAAUCCAAAGCACAGUUCUACACACCCAUUUGAGUAUAGAUUAAAGUUGCUUAUUACACAGGUCUUUGGAAUACUCCAUUCUGAUUGGUCAAUGGCGCCAUCUAGUGGUCUGAUGUUUCUCAGUAACAACCGCACAUUCCGAUUAAGAUGUAUCAGACUGCUCAUCUGGGUAUACUACUUCUCGAUCUCUGUGUGAUCUCUAGUAAACUAAUAAAAUAAUUUCAACUCAAAUUAAUGUUUGAUGUCCAUUUAUUUUAUUGGCAUGUACUCUUGUAAUUACGGUGCAUUCAAGUCCUUCUGUGAAGAGGUCGGAAACCAUAAAUACGACGUGAAGUGCAUUCAAGUGAUUUUAGUCGGAAAGAACGGACCCGUUUUGCAACUUCAGAUUUCUCUCUUUUUCACAUACUAGCAAAUGUGGGAAACUUUUUUAGCACCAAUGCAACAAAAUGAAGAGCAAAUCCAUGCAUUAGGUGUGCAAGUAAUGCUUUAUCUACUCUACUGUAUCUAUUUUAUCAUUAUUGUGCAGCCACAUAUAAUGAUGGGAAAUAUAGUUUUGUUGCACAAGCUUGUCGUUGUAUAAACCAGCUAAAUGAGUCUUAUUUGCAUAAUAAAUUCAAGUUUUAGUGUUAUUCUUCAUUCACAGUACAAAAAAUGCAUACAAACUAAACUGCAAAGCCAAAAUCCUCAAGUAAAACAAAAUUAUUACCAAUAACAAUUUGCUUCCGCCAUGAUUCCUAAAUCGGCAUGCCCCAACUUUCUGACAUGACUUGAAUGCAUAAUGAGCAGUCAUAUGGUCAUUUACAAAAUCAACACCAAUGCAAAAUGGAGGAAUUCAACUGUUUCUGGAGACCUCACAUAAUUACAGUUUCAAUGCAAAUCAAUAUUUUAUGUCCAUAUAUUUAUUUAGUUAGUUAGUAACCACGUAAUAAGCUGGAUAAUGUACCGUCAACUGGUUGUUAUCACAAAAUAAACCGUCCUCCAGUUUGCGUCAGGGUCCUGAUCACCCUGUCGGGGUUUAUUUUGCGAUAACAACCGACAUUGUCCCUUAUUUAAAGUGUGCAUGUAUUAGUGAUACAAUGUGAGCAGAUUUUAGUUUGUAAAAGCCCUCAUGUGUCCUCCUGCUAAAUAUACCCUCAUUCCACAGUAACGUCCUUGCAAAAUCCUGGCACACUCCCUCUCUCUCCUCUCUGUUCUUCUCUCUUCUUCAUCCUUUCAUUCGGCACCCACACACACUCCUACUGUCACUCUCCGGCUGUCAUAUGCUCAGACUUCCCCACCUCCUCAUCCAGGCCUUCAGCACUUCACACUACAACCACACGUCUCCAUAAAAACCAUGUAACCGCCUCUCUGAAAUCUCACAAACCAUGCACAUUUAAAAGAAAUCAACUUUUCACAAACCAACCUCUUGAAAGAUUUCUAAAUAGCUACUUUAAUGUUUUUGUGAUCUUAUUGCUGAACGUUUGUUUGUUUAUAAAAGUGUUGCACAGAAACGGCACACAUACAUCUCAGUUUAAUCUGGAAAGCAUCACAAUCUAAUGAACAUCUGCUAAACAUCUUAAAACGAUCAGAUUUACAUGCAUUCUACACCAUAAACGUCUCAAAGACAUCUGCUUAACGUCUUAUUGACAUUUGAGAGGAAACGUGUUAUAGACAUAUUGCAGAUGAGCAAAUAAGCAGAAAAAUACGUCUUGUCUGGGUGAUGGACGUGUGCUAUCAGGGACUUUUGAAUUUCUGUGUUCUGUGGAUUUUUUGCAGUACAUGAGAAGCAGAAGUCCCGUCCGAUCGCCAUAUCCACAUAGACACAAGGCCGUAACCAUGUCUUGAACAUUGGGGGGGCCAAACGAUUUAAGGGGUGGGGGAUCGUGGGUGUAAUGCGCCUCUUCACUCCUUUUAAAUAUUUAAUGCAAUGAAUGCUUUAAAUGCAAAAAAGGCCCAAAAUAGUUACAUAGAUUCAUGCUUUUUUUAAAGUUCACACAGUACAAGACAAACACUGUCUCUACAUUGCUAGAUAUUGUAGUCACCUUUUCUUUCUUUUUUGUGCUAUCUCAAAGAAAAAAUGUAUAUAUGUACAUAUUGACCACUGCUGUCAAGGUACAAAGAAAAAAAAUUAUUAAUAUACCAUAAAUGUAGUCCAUACAACACAAAUCUUGUAAUAAAGUGCACAAAUCAUUUGGACUACUGUUAUGAUGUCUUUAUACUGAAUCUUUAAUAACAAUAUAUAGUGCGGGUGUCUGGGUAUCUCAGCGAGUAUUGACGCUGACUAUCACACCUGGGGUCACGAGUUCAAAUCCAGGGUGUGCUGAGUGACUCCAGCCAGGUCUCCUAAGCAACCAAAUUGACCUGGUUGCUAGGGAGGGUAGAGUCAUAUGGGGUAACCUCCUCGUGGUCAUGAUUAGUGGUUCUUGCUCUCAAUGGGGCGUGUGGUAAGUUGUGUAUGGAUCGUGGAGAGUAGCAUGAGUCUCCACAUGCUGUGAGUCUCCGCGGUGUCAUGCACAACGAGUCACGUGAUAAGAUGCGCGGAUUGACGGUCUCAGAAGCGGAGGCAACUGAGACUUGUCCUCCGCCACCCGGAUUGAGGUGAGUAACCGCACCACCACGAGGACCUACUAAGUAUUUAAUAUUUUUAAUAUUUGCAUUAAGAAUAUAUGACAGUGUCCUUGUCACAACCUAAAAACUCAAUAGAAGUCACAAGUCGCAGGUCUUACCAUGUUCUAGUUUUAAUCUGAUGGAGAUAAUGCUCCACUUUGUGUUAUAGAUCAUUUUCUUAGACAACAUCAAGUGAAUUUUCUAAAAAGCUUGCCAGAUAAGCACAUUCAUUCAAUUCCUUUACAAUAUACACACAUUCACUAUUUGUCUUAAACCUGAUAUGCUGAAAACAUAUAGAGGGUUAGGGUUUCCACAUUCACAAUUAUGAAUGACAUACGAAUAUUUUAAUUUGAAAUGGUGAUUUUCACCAAAUGCUGAAUAGUUUGCACUGUUGGAAAUUACUGCCGGUCUGUACAACAUUUCAGUCAUAAAAUAGUGGGCAAAUAUUGCAUGUUUAGUUAUAUACUGACAUCUCACUUGACAUAAACACUCUUAACCUGAACUGCUGACAAUCUGGCCAUAUCUGAUUAUUGGAAGGGACUUGUCCCACUCAAUGUAUGUUGUGGUUGCGGCCCUGCAUAGUCGUUGAGGUAGUUAUGGUCACCCCCAAUAUUCAUAUUAGUGGUCGACCAGUAUGGGUUUUAAAUGGACAAUUGGUAAAAUGUUACUUUGGUACCCUCCUACCCCAAUCUUGAAUGAAAGGAAGAUUUCAAAUGCUCUUCUGAAUCAGGCAAUUCAGGGGGUUCAAAAUUCAAUUUGUGUGUCAUGAACACCAUCAUAAUCAUGUUAUCCAGAGGAGACCGUGGUAGAGGAGAACAUUUGUGUUCGGAUGCUAAAAUACUUUGACAAGAGGAGAAAGUCAGAAAGAUAGAGAGGCCUGCUCUCUGAGAAUAGCACAAUAUUCUUGACACCAUGAUGGUACGAGGAUGCAAUCUUUCUGGGGGCAUUUUGAUCUUUGGGUGGGCGACUGGUUGUCUCUAUCGGGGUAUAGGGGCGUGAGAAGUUUCCGGGGCUAGACAUAAGGAAAAACAAGGGAGGCAAUGCCCCCUCAAGCCCCCCUUUAGACCCGGCCAUGCUUGACACUGAAAAACAUGAAAAUGAUGAAAUGUGUUAAACACAAACUCAAUGUGUGUUAUGGCACUGGUUAUAAUAAACCGAUGUUAAGACGCCUCUUGUGAAUUCAAGAGAGCGAAUUACAUUUUACUGUCAUCCAUUCAUGUUAAAUUCUGUCCUUACUAGACUAAUUUGGACUCAAUUUCACUAGAUAUCAAUCCAAAGUGAACAUAAUCACAAUGACAGGCCCUCAUCUCUUCCUCCUCCUCCUCCUCCUCCUCCUCCUCAUCCUCCGUUAUCCGCCGGUCACCCACAUGAGACCUCUCGGAGAUUACAGCGUGAGGGAAGUCAGACUCAAACCGGAGAGAUUAACCUGCCAAAACAAUUAGAAAAACACGAAUUAUGAAAACACCGUGUUGGUAAUAUCGAGUUAAAGAUGGAAGUGUCUUAUGGAGAAUAAAAUAAAAGGACAGAAAGACACACGUGCUUUCAUGAGGGUUUGUGUUGUGUGUAUUGUGUGUUAGGAUGCCGAUCCCGAAUCUUUCUGCGUAGGCUAAAGGAAGCACUGUUCAGUCCUGUCAGCGAACACACACACACUGAAGAUCAAACAGAGCAUGGGAACCAACAGAGCAAACAGGUACAGCAUUGUGUCUCCUGAUGAGGAGAGACUGAAGAUCUCCUCUCUCGGCCUUCACAACGGCCACAGUUUGAGCUGUCUGCACUCCCCCGCCAGUGCCAUGAGCGGUGAGGGGACAAGCAUGGUGUUGGGCACCAGCUACAAUGGGAAGAUCUCUACUUCUGGACGUGGCCAACUGAGGAGUCGCUUCGUCAAGAAAAAUGGCCAAUGCAACGUCGUCUUUUCCAACAUGGACGACAAGCCAUGGCGGUACCUUGCGGACAUCUUUACGACCUGUGUGGACAUUCGCUGGAGGUACCUGCUGCUGAUCUUCUGCUCCACCUUCCUGGUGUCCUGGCUCAUCUUUGGCGUGAUCUUCUACUGCGUCUCUCUGGUUCAUGGAGACUUUGAUAAGGAUCGUAGAGUUCGAGUCCCCUCUGGGCAACAGAAGGAGUGGAAACCGUGUUUACUGCAUGUUGAGGGCUUCGUUGGGGCUUUUCUGUUCUCCAUUGAGACCCAGACGACCAUUGGCUAUGGCUGGCGCUGCGUCACUGAAGAAUGUCCAGUAGCAAUUGUGACUGUGGUCGUGCAGUCCAUCGUCGGAUGCAUCAUUGACUCUUUUAUGAUUGGGACCAUCAUGGCCAAAAUGGUGCGGCCAAAAAAGAGGAAUCAGACACUGCUUUUCUCAAAGAAUGCUGUAAUUGCAUUGAGGGACGGAAAACUGUGUUUGAUGUGGCGCGUAGGAAACCUGCGUCGUAGUCACAUCGUAGAAGCUCAUGUUCGUGCGCAGCUCAUUCGACCCUAUAUGACAGCGGAGGGUGAGUUCAUUCCUCUCGAGCAGACCGAUCUAAAUGUCGGCUAUGACGAGGGCACUGACAGACUCUUCCUCGUAUCUCCUCUGGUGAUAGUACACGAGAUCGACGAGGACUCUCCGCUCUGGACAAUGAGCAGGGCAGAUCUCGAAUCGGACGACUUCGAGAUUGUUGUGAUUCUUGAAGGUAUGGUUGAAGCGACGGCCAUGACCACACAGGCGCGCAGCUCGUAUCUUUCUCGUGAGAUCCUCUGGGGUCAUUGCUUUGAGCCUGUUAUCUUUGAGGGCCGUGACCGCUAUCAGGUCGAUUAUGCGCACUUCCACAAAACCUACGAAGUUUCGGCAACGCCCGCCUGCAGUGCAAAAGAACUGAAGGAACUGGCUGGUCAUCGGUCAUCCGCCUCAUCACGUUCUGUGACACCCAUCAGUCGGCGGACUCAAACCCUGCUGCCACCUCACUCGCCCAGCUCUUUCUGCUAUGAGAACGAGGUGGCGCUGUGCUGUGGAGAGGAAGACGAGGAGAGGCUCCAGGAAGGGCUGACCGGCCUUCCCACAGACUUCCAGAAAAUGUUUCAGGAUUCGGCCACAAUGACCUCCGGCAGUAACAUGCUUUGCAUGUUGGACAUGGACAGUCAGAUUGAGUUUGAUAUUUUACACACUGCCAUACCACUUGACCCGACGACCUAUAAGAGUGAAUCUGAGAUAUGAUGGGAUGGAGGCAUUU